UGAAUUAAGUUUUGAUUCUUUUAUAUAUCGUAUAAGAUCCCGGUAGAAAACCCUGAAGUUGUUCUUCUUGUUCUUUUCUAAGCCAAAAGCAAAAAAAUGAAGGUAGUUUCGUUGAUUAGUACGUUGUUCUGGUUAUUCAGUGGGUUGGCUUGGGCCUUACCAAUGGCAUCUUCACUUGAAGAUGGAGAUUUGGAAGAUAUGAUGAUGCAAAUCAUUGAUUCUAAUAGCGAAGCAUACGAAUUAUAUGAUUUUAUAGAUGAUUCUUCACUUGCACUUGAGUCGAUGGGAUCAUCGGAUUUGUUUAAAAGAGAUGUUAAAACAGUUUCGUCGCUAUUAGAGACGGUUAAUAGAUCAGGAAUUAUUUUCGAUGUUCUUGAUGAAAUUGCCGGACAUCCCAGAAGAAUUAGCCUCUUGGCUAAUGCCACUGCUAGAUUGAUUAAAUCUUUAGGUGGUAGUCUUGAUUUAUCCCUUUUAGAAGAAAUUGGUGCUGGUUUGAAUAUUACUAAUAUUUAUGAUAUCGUUAAGGAUUCUGGUUUGGUUACUUCUAUCUUGGAUGGAAUUCUUUUGGAUGAUAAUUAUAGACCGGUUUUGGUUAAAUUGAUCAAAAGAAUUGCUGAAGCAAAUAAAUCUCUUAUUGCUUAUAUUAUUGAUGAUGUUUUCGCUGCUGCUAAAAAGAAGAGAGCAGAUGAUGACGAUGAUGAUGAUAAUAGUAAUGGGGGUACUUUGGAAACUUUUGCCAUUAAUAUCGUAUCUACCGUUUUAUCUUCAAGACUUUUCACCAAUAUUGUUAAUGACACUGUGGUAGCCUUGAAUGAUACUGGUAUUGCAGUUUACAUUGUUAAAAGAGCCAUUGCUGAUGAAAGUUAUCAAAAUAUGACGGUUGAGCUAUUCGAUGAUCUUAAAGAUACUGGAGUUAUUAAAAUUGAUAAUUCUACUUUAUCCAAUCUUAAUAUUACUAAAAUUGUUUCUAGUGUAUUAGAUAAUCCAACCAUGAUUUUAAGACUUACAAGAGCUGCUUUAAGUGGUGACUUGAAUUUGAGGCAAACUUUUGGUAAAUACGCCGGUGCAAUUAAAGAUAUCGUUAAAGAUUUAGAAGAUGAUGGUUUAUUCAGAGAUUUGAAUAAUUACGUUUUCUCUACCGAUUCCAAUAGAAGAACUAGUUCGAGGUUGGCCGUUUCUUCUUCUUCCGCAAGAUCCUCCACCUCCUCAAGAUCAAACCGCAAUCAACAAGUUAAAGCUGCUGGUUCCAAUUCAAAAUCCUCUGCAACCACUUCCUCUGACUCUGGUUCUUAUAACAUCCAUCAACAAUCAAAAACUCCAAUAAUAAAAGCUUUGAUUUACUUCCAAUCAGUAUUAUUUGGAGGUGCCUUAUUACUAUUCUGAUUCCACCUUAUAAAGUUUAUUAAUGUCAUUUUUCAGUUCUUUUACGUCCUACAUUUUUAUUUGACUAUUUUUCAUAUAUGGUUUUAUUUAUUACCCCCCAAAAAAUAUAUCCCUUCUUUAAUGCUUUAUCCUCUUCUAUAUCUCGUUUAUAAUACUCCUUUUCUUUCGGUUGAGUCGAGGUUAACCUUGACUUUUCA